GGCUGACUGAGCACCACUUGCAAUGACGUCACCGCACUGCGGAAGGUUCCAGAGUGUGGUGGUGUUUUCGCCGGGUGGAUUUUACCGCGGUGCGUGAAGUAAUCACGGUAUUCGAAUUACCGACCAACCAUGGACACUGCACUGGUGGAGCUUCAGAAGGAUUUGGAGGAAGUGAAAGUGCUUCUGCAGAAAGCUACAAGGAAACGUGCGCGAGAUGUGCUGUUUGUGGAGCAGCGCAAGCUGGAGACUGAAAUCGCCAACAGGCAGCAGCAGACCGGAGAGCCUGCAGAAGUGCAAAAGCCUUCCGCCAUUGUGAAUCCCAUGGCCAGCACUUACACGGUCAAGAUCAACAACUACGGUUGGGACCAGUCCGAUAAGUUUGUGAAAAUAUACAUAACUUUGAAAGGCGUUCAAAGUAUUCCUGCAGAUAAUGUUCAGGUUCAGUUCACGGAGAGGUCCUUUGAGUUAUUGGUGAAGGAUCUGAAUGGAAAAAAUCAUGCAAUGACCGUGAAUAACCUGCUGAAGCCCAUCUCUCCAGAAAACAGUUCUAGAAAGAUAAAACCAGACACGGUCCUCGUUAUGUGUAGGAAGAAAUCUGAACAUAAAUGGGAAUAUCUGACACAAGUUGAAAAGCAAACAAAGGAUAAAGACAAACCAUCGCUGGACACAGAUGGAGAUCCUAGUGCAGGACUAAUGAACGUCUUGAAAAAAAUAUAUGAUGAAGGUGAUGAUGAAAUGAAAAGAACCCUAACUAAGGCUUGGGUGGAAUCACGUGAGAAACAAAUGAAAGGAGAAAACAUGGACUUUUAAACAGUUUGCCCUGAAGCCUUACGCGCGGAGGCUGGCCUUGCUCUACAGCUUGUGGAGUUGAUCUCUGCUAAGUCUUGUUUACAAUCCAGAUACUUCCUUGGCAUGGACACUGCGCUUCUGUUGCAUCUCAUUUUGAUUGGACUUGUAAGUGCAUAAAUAGUAUGCUUUACAAGUGUGUUGUGGAAACAUGAAGUUUAACUUCUACCAGUUUGAAGCCCCUAUAAGAUUUGGGAGACGGCAGCCAUAUCAGGUGUAUUUUUUUUGUUUGUUUUUUGUUAAAUGAUCAUAAAUGUUUUAUGAAAUGUUUAUACAUUAAAGAAUCUGUCAGAUUGCUUCCUA